AUGACUGUUGCUAGGGGUCAAAUCGAGCAUUCGAUAAAUAUGAGGCAGAGACUGACAGCACAACCUCUUCCAACUACUACUAACCCAUCAAUGGAAUCCACGAGGGCAGUUGAAUUCAACCUGUCUUCAGUUCAACUUACCAGCACUCCUCUGCCUGCAGCGUCCCAACCUGUGAUUUCUCUUGCAACUUCGAAAACUACUGAAGAGGAUUAUAAGAAGGCAGCAGCAGCUGCAGUUGCUGCUAAGCUUGCUGCUUCUACUUCCUCUGCGCAGAUGCUUACCUCUGUUCUGUCAUCCCUUGUCGCAGAAGAGGCAGCCUCUCUGAGUGGUGGCUUGAAAUCAACUGGAUUCACUGCUGGUUUACCAAUGUUUUCCCCAGAAAAAAGGCCCAAACUUGACAAACAGAUGCCUGUUUCCGAUGUUAAUAGUUCUGAGCUGGGUAAUUCACCCUAUUAUAGUUCUGCACAACAGCAACCAAUGACAAAUAUGCCACUUGCACCACCUACAAGUAUGCAACCCAUUCCCCAAGCCAACCAGAUACAAGCACCAUUUCCACCACCACCCCCUCCACCACCUAUACCUACUGCAAAUUCCCCAGUAAAUCAAUUUGUCCAAUCUGCUGGUUUGAUGAUCGGGGUUAUGCCCUAUGGAUAUGGUGCUAACAACCUCCCGCCUCCACCUCCACUGUCUUCCCAUAUGGCAAUGGGAUUAGCGAGGCCAGUACCUCAGCCACCUCCGCAGCCACUGUCUCAGCAGCAGCAGCAGCAACCACCUGCCAACAGUGGUUAUUACCGUCCUCCAGGUAUAGGAUUCUAUGGGCAAAGCCAUCAGCCUACACCACCACCUGUACCUCGGCAGUAG